AACAAAUGGCAAACUCCAGAAAAGAGCCCGACACCGCUCCGCAAUCCGGCCGUUGGUACAACCUCACCCUCGGCUCUUCCUUCACCGACGAUACCCCCAAUAAAUACUGCACUUUACGAUAUGAGUUUAAGCCGGCGUCGAUCGAUAAGACCAAGCCUGGAUCGCUGCAUAAGAAUAAGGAUAACAGGGUGACGGUGGAAUUUCAGAACAAUCAACUGGGAAAACCCAAGGUGACGUUCGAUGGGAGCAGCGAGGAUUACAGGGAGAAUGACGCCGUGUUGUUCUUUGAUGGCCAGACGUUUCGGUUGGAGCGGCUUCAUCGGGCUGUCAACCAGCUUAGGCACCGGAGGCAACCUGGAGAGUCCGCGGCUGCUAUGGCAGCGGCUGAACCUCGUCUGUCGCCGGUUGGAAAGGGAGCCAAGCCAAUGCUUGUUGGUAGGAGCUCAGUUCCUCCAGUGGCGGUUGAGGUGGAAAAAAUUGAUAUUGCUGCGCCAGAGAAUCCAGGUGGAAAAGCAGCUGUUGGUAAGGGGAUUGCUGAGCAUCCAUCUGAACUGCCAAACGCAUCCACUGCCUCACCAGACCCUAAGGAUGAUGAAGCUGAGGAACAUCAAGAUACAUUAAUGUAUGAGAUGAUCUUUGGUGAGGAUCCUGAUGAAGGAAAGACAAAUGAACAGAAAGGCAAUGCUGGAUUCGAUAUCAAAGCUUCACAGCAAAAUGACACCGACGAUGAGAUUGCCAAUGUAGAUGAUUGUGGUGACGAAGCAGCAAAGGGACCAAAUGCUGCGGAUGCCCUUAGAGCUCAGGUGAAUGCAGGUGAGAGGAAUGGGCAAACAUCUAGUUCCAGCAGUAGCAGUGGAAGUGGGAGCGGAAGCAGCAGUAGUAGCAGCGACACUGAAGGCAGUGAUGAAGACUCCAUUAACUCCAUCUGAGAAGUCAGUGUGAACACUCAAAAUCUUUUAAGCAAACAGUCCACCCCUAAUAGAUAUACUAUUUUUUUGAAAGGCUUGAUAAUCGCCCAGUUUGGUCCUUAACUUAUGUGACUAGUACCAAUUUAAUGGUCCUUUACUCUUUUGUUUUUCCGUUUUUGGUUCCUCUGUUAUAGAAACCUGAUGUGAAAAUUAAAUCUCUGUUAGAUCUCUGUUACAUCAAGUAUAAAUUAGAAGGAAAAGAGAAGUUUUUCAAACUUAAAAAUGGUAGCUUGUUUGUUCAAAUGCUGGCCACGGACAUGGUCAUACAAAUAGUUGUUA